AGGUUUGAAUGUCAGCAACCUCGACAAAGACCCAUUCUGCGUCCAGCAAGUCAAGCCGACGUGUAGCUUUCGCAGAUGCUGUCUCGGAUCACAAUUCUGGUGUAGGGACUGAACUUGAAAGUCGGAAUGAGAGUGUUCUUGAUUUAGCAGACAUGGAUCCAGGGGACCAGGUAGUACUGGACAUGGCCGACCACCCUCCAGCUCCCACAACUGCAGCUAGUGAUGGUCUGGAGUCUGCUUUAACCAUCUAUACUCCUGGUGAUGAGAUGGUGCACAUUCCUCAACUAGGAGGAUUGAGAAGGGAGAGUUGUGAGUGGACUAACACUAACCUGCCUUGUAUCAACAAGGUAGCUGCCCAUCUAGCAGCAUUACAGCGUCAGCUGGAAGUACCCCGAGAGUUGACGUACGAUGAAAUGGGGAGAUUGGAGAACAUGGUCGGCCCUACUCCUGGCAUGGUUAACUCCAUCAAAGUCACCUCUCUUACUUCCAAUCCGGGACUAGAAGUAGUGGACGAAGUAAAGACGCUGAUAGCGCGGCUGGAACAGGACAGACAACAGACCAUCAGGGCCUAUCAGAGAGAGGUAGAGCGAGUCAAACUCCUCCAAGUUCAGGUGGACAAGGUGGAGAGACGGAGACUUUAUAUUUUACCUAAAGCUGUGCAACUUGAACACGAAGCGUGUACACAAGAUAUCUCGGAAUUAAGGUGGGAUCUAGAUAACUGGUUGGAAGAGAAGAAGGAGAUGGAGAAGCAGGUUCUUGCUGCAGUAGAUAAGAACAGAAACCUUCAGAGCUCUAUCGAGGAGCUAACUGCACAGUGUCCGAAUAUCAAAGAGAAACUUGAAAUCGACAAGGAGUGUUUGGAGGGAAUUUCAGCUGACCUCAAGGAGAGUAAGUUAGCACUGAAAUAUACUCAAGAUUUAUACGCCAAAGCUAGACUUAAGCUUAAAAAGGCGGACGGCAGAGCUGAGUCAGAGAGGAUACAGUUAAGAAGUGAGCUGGCUAGCAUCAGGAAGACAUUGGCCGGAGUUCAAGGUGAGCUGCAAGAGGCUGAAGAUGUCAACGCUACACACAAUGCUGACAUAGAAGAGCUCAACAACGCGAUAGAUACUGCUAAGAUGGAUGGGAGCGUUCUUGACAGUGAAAUAGCAGAAGCAAAGAAACAAGAGAGAGAAUCUCAAUCGAGGGUUAACACAGCGAAGAUAAACUUACUAGAGGUUGCCGAAAAUAUCAAAGCUAGAAGGAGAGCCAACAAGCGUCUCUCCGAACAAAUGGCAGAAAAGGUUAGUCAGCGACAGUUAGAAUUGGAAAACCGAGACAAGAAAAAACAGAGAACUCUGAGAUUUGAUAAGAGCAUGCUGCGUGAGGCACUGCAAAGCUUCGUCAAAAUGGAGCGGGAAAUUUUGGAUUUUAAGAAGGAACUGACCGUCAGUAUCAAGAAAGCACGAGAUGACGAGAAGGCCACAAGCAGAGCACAAGCAGAACUGAAACAUCUCGACCAGCAACUACAGGUAGUGGUAGAGGAGGUGCAAAAACUGGCGGAGUUGAACGCGAAGCUCUCGUUAGAAGCACACCGUACAGAGGAAGAUAUCGUGAACACGGAGACUGCUCUACGUAACAACCUCACCAUGUUGCGCAAGACAUUGCAGGACGAGAUCCAGGCCAAAACUUCACUUUCCAACAAAAUGGAGAGCGAAGCGGAGGACUUUGAGAAGUACCAGGGGGAUUCCUCAAGAAAAUUGACUAGGACUCAAAAGAAAAAGAACGACCUGGAAGCGAUACACCAGAAGUAUUCUAACAAGAAAGAUGAUUUGAGUAACAAACUGACUGGUAUACACACGGAUCGAGAUAAGCUGCAGGCAGAGAUAGAUCACACUGCUACAACUUUCAAGGCGGAGAAGGAGGACCUUGAGAAACAAAUCACUCUGCUCAAACCGGAGGAAAAACAGGUUCGUGAGGAAAGUGAGGAGACCCAGAAAGCUAUAAACGACCUGCAGUGGCGUAACGAUCUCGUCAGCAAAAAGAUACAGGAGUGUUUAGAUGCCACUAGAGUCGUAAUGAAGAUUCAGAAACAAACUGACGAUCAAAUCGCAGAUUUGGGUAAAAAGAUCGAAAACUUUGAGAAUGAUUUGACUGCGGGUCAAGAGACAGAGAAACAGUUGCAGUCCAACCUGAACCACAUCAGAGAUAACCAACUUCUCCUACGAAACCAACAUAAGGCUCGACUCGACAAACGGGUCACAAUUUUCAACGAACUAAAGGAGACUGUGGCAGAACUGAUCGGAGAGAAUCAGAGGAACUCAGAAGCGUACACGGUGAUGCAGAAGAGGCAUCUCAAAGUAAAGGGCCAGUAUCAGAGAAUUCUAGACAGCAAACUCGGACUGGAGAUCAGCGUUAACGAGAUAACAAAGGUGGCGGCGCUACAGAGGAGAAUGCACAAAGCCCUGGUGUCCUACUACAUGCACCGAGGCUACCACAACAGAAUCGUACUGACGGACUUUGGCAAGGGUGCUGCUGUUAACUUACACCAGUUGGAGAAGAUUCACAGAAACCUUUAUGAUGUCAUAGCCAAAACUGACGUGUAUCUAGAUAAGCACGGUAGCGGGGUGUCCAGAAAGCAGCCCAGGGUUUCCACUCCCGAUCUGAAAAAAGCCGAGACGGACAUGUCCCGUCUCCCCAUCAUCAUAGAGACGCCUCCUCCACCUAAAGAAGCGAGGUCUGGUUCUGGGGCGGAAAGUGAGGCGACUACUGGAGCUCACACUAGACCUGCCACCACAGCCACUGAGGUGACUGCUCAGUGAACUGAACUUAUAGACUGAGCCGAACUGAGAGAGCUGGGUUUUAAGCCACUGUGAGCUUUGGAGUAUAUUUGGAGUGAAUUUUCUGUGAUCUCACGAAAUCUCUGAAAUCCCAAGAAAUUUAUUGUUUGUAGUUUUCAGAUCCAUGUAAUGUGUAAAUAGUUUUUUUGUCGCAGACUUUUUAUUUAAUGUCACGGUGAGAAAGGUUUCGGUCUUUCGAUUUCCAGACUUUAAUUUAACAGUUGCUCACUGCUCAGCCAAUCAGCCACAUUUUUGAAACAAAAACAAUACAUAUUUUUAUUGACCCGGCUGGUAAUAUCAGACAUUUUUAUCUAUGAUUUAUCGUUGUCCAUGGCUUGAGCCGAUAAGGUAUAUUAUGAAUACAAUAUUUGGUUUCAUUUAAUUAAUUUAUAAUUGCAACUUUAACUCAUAAUACCCUAUUCACUAAAUGCUUCUUAAUGCAUUUAAGACCUUACCUGUAUAACUAAUAACUAUCAAUACCAUAACGGUUACAAUACUUCAUUGCGAGUUCUCCUGUCUUGUUACUAAAACUGUGAUUUUAAAAUUUUAAUUAUAAAUGUGAAAUGUCAUUGCGCAUGUUUUUCAAAGAUAAAGCUAUUUUAAGUUUUAUAUAUUUUGGAAAUGCAAUUGAAUAUUUCAUUUGUUCUUUUCAAUUUGAAGUUAACGUGAAACUAAACUUUUGAUAAAA